CUUCAUCUUUGCUCUGACUGUUUUCAAUCCAUGCGUUGGUUACUCAACACAUUAAUUGAUCUUUGUAGCAUGGAUUUUCCGCGGCACAUAAGCGGUUGUUCAUCCAGUGCAGUUUAGCAUCUAGAACUUUGCCAGAAGAUUUCAUGAACCCACUGAUUUGAUACUUUUGGCUACUGUGAAUCACAAAAAAUCUACGAAGAGUCUAUCGAAAUCUAUCUAACAAAGAUCAAUCUGGCAACCAGCCGAUCACCAAGCCAAGAGCUUCACCAAGAUGCAACAAGGAAUUUCUCACCUGUAAACGAUUUCGAAGAAACGAACCAAACACAAACACUAUAACCAGCUAUCAUGGUUUUCAGCAAAGUAUCACUGAUUGCAGUAGGAGUUGUUCUACUUCACCUUGCGUUCAGUUCAAUAGCCAACGGAUGGCUGUUGAACCCACAGUCAAGAUCCAGCAAUGAAAUAAAAGAAGAUAACUUCAAGAAGUUUCUAACUGAUUGCACGCAUGGAUCUAGAUGUGCACUCCGAGUGCAACGAAGUCUCGUCAGCACCCUAGCACGACCAUUGGAGCGUGGUAUAGAGGAAAGUGCGGAAAACGAACUUGAAAGACGGAAGCGUAAGAAGCACAAGAAACAUAAGAAGCAUAAGAAAUCAAAGAAACAUAAGAAGAGCAAGAAAAACAAGAAAAAGAAGAAGAGUAAAAAGAAUAAAAAGCAUAAGAAGCACCAGAAGCAUAAGAAAAACAAGAGUAAGAAGCAUAAGAAGCAUCAUAAGAAAAGUAAAGGCAAGAAGAAGACUUGUCCUGCUAAGCCUUGUAAGCCUGGGUUUGUUUGUAAGAAGAAGAAAUGCAGAAAAGUGCCAGUAGUAACUCUGGCACCAGAACCAGAGCCUCCUGUUGAAGAACCAGUUCAUGAGGAGCCUCCAGUCGAGGAAGAACCACAGGCGGCGGAACCGCCUGCUGAAGAUCCCCCUCCGGAAGAGGAGCCGCCCGCUGAAGAGCCUCCGGCAGAAGAACCUCCAGCUGAAGAAGAGCCUCCCGCCGAAGAAGAGCCUCCCGCCGAAGGAGAGCCUCCAGCCGAAGAGGAACCACCUGCAGAUGAAGAAGAUGUUCCGAUCGAAGAUGCCGUCGCAGAGGAAGCUGAGAACGCGGCCAACGAAGAGGAAGCGGAACACGAGGUCGAAAAGGAGGCUGAAAAUGCAGCCGCAGAGGACGCAGUUGCGGAAGCGGCAGAAGACGAAGAAGCAGGCGACGAAAGAACUCUUCCAUGAUCUCAGAGAUACUUAUGAAAAUUAGCUCUCAGAUUUGAAUUGUUUGUUUCUGUUGUGAAGGUUUUAGCUUUUGAAAAAU